UCUUGUGGCGACCGCGGUAACUACAGGGAGAACAACCCGGAGCUGGAUGCGGACACGAGCCUGCUGACCUGGAGUAGAUGCACAAAAAGAUGUCAUAUGAUCAGGUGCAUUGGUUGUGUUUGCUGUUUUUUGCCUUGGUUUUCCGUCCUGGGACAGCGGCAGAGGUUUCCGUAUGGAGCAUGGACAUCAACUCGACGCAGGAUGCCGUUUUUCGGAAGACCCUGUAUGCCAACACCACCAUCUUCAUGAAGUUCCAGGGUGACUCAAGGCGGUGUAACAAAAGCUUCGCCUUCAACAUUAGCUGGUACCUGCGCUCCUCUGUUUGCUAUAAUGAGGUCUUUAACACACCAGACAACAAAGCAAGGAACAUGUUUGGCAUGGAGCACAUGCUGAAAGAUGGCUGGAGUGGCUUCUACAGUCAGGGCUACAUGUACUUUGACAACUGCUCCUCUCUCUUGCUACCAAAGGUCUAUUACCCAGACUUCAACCCUUAUCAGCCACUGACUAGCCCAAAGAGUGACCCAUCCAAUCAGAGCUUCUUUUGGUCUGAAAAACCGGAUAUCAGUGCAGUGGCCAAAGCUUGGGAAGACAGUCCCUAUCUGUUCAUAGUGAAGGUGCAGCCUUUGUUUCGUGGCGCUGAUGAUGAAGCUGAGGGAGGAGAGCAGUCCAGCUUUACUUUUUCAAUGAAAGUGGAGAUGAAAGGUCCACAUGAGUACUCCUCUCCAGCAGACUGGCCUCUCAUGAUGUUCUUCAUGGUCAUGUGCAUUGUUUACGUGCUGUUUGGGGCUCUCUGGCUCUUCUGGUGCGCCUGUUAUUGGAGGGAUCUGCUGCGGAUCCAGUUCUGGAUUGGUGCCGUCAUUAUCCUCGGCAUGCUGGAGAAAGCGGUUUUCUACUCUGAAUACCAAAGCAUCCAUUACAAAGGAGACUACGUGCUAGGGGCUGUGAUUUUUGCAGAGUUGCUCUCUGCACUCAAAAGAUCUCUGGCUCGAAUCCUGGUCCUCAUUGUAAGCCUUGGCUAUGGCAUAGUCAAGCCCAGGUUGGGCACCACCGUACAUCGGCUAGUAGCUGUUGGAAUUUUUUACCUUCUCUUCUCCUCAGUAGAAGGUGUGCUGCGAGUAACCGGUGGCUUCUACGGGACUGUUGCCCUUGUGGCUAAUCUCAGCCUUUCCCUCAUUGACUCCUGUGUCAUGUGGUGGAUUUUCAUCAGCUUGUCUCAAACCACUCGUCUCCUCAAGCUCCGCAGAAAUAUAGUGAAGCUCUCGUUAUAUCAGCACUUCACUAAAACGCUCAUCUUCUCUGUUGUCGCUUCUAUCAUAUUUAUCAUCUGGACCACCAAGGUCUUCAAGCUGGUCGACUGUCAGAGGGGUUGGAGGGACUUGUGGGUAGAUGAUGCAUUCUGGCGCCUGCUCUUCUCCACUAUUCUUCUGGUCAUCAUGGUGCUGCUGCGGCCCUCAGCCAACAAUCAGAGGUUCUCCCAUUCCCCUCUGAUUGAUGAUGAUGAUGAAGAGGAAGAAGCCAAGGAGCCCAUGCUGAACGAAGCCUUUGAAGGAAUGAAGAUGAGAGGCGCAAAGCCUGACAUUAACGGCUCCCAGAAAAUGUUGAGUAAAGAGGAUGAAGAUCUAAAGUGGGUUGAGGAGAACAUUCCUACUACUGUUGCUGAUGUAGCUCUCCCUGUAAUGCUAGAUGAGGAAGAAGAAAUCUUGAAAACCAAGAUGGAGAGGUCCAAAAUGGAGUAGAAGACGAUCUGAGAGUGAAAAGAGAGGAAUUCGACUGAGGCAGCAAUGAGUGAUCUGAUUACCAAAAAUGUUGGGGGGAUGCAUAUCUGUUCUUUCUUCAGACACUUUAAAAAAAAAACAACCUUUUAUUUCACAGGCUUUCGGUAACACUACAGUAAGCUCUUAUAUUAACGCCAUACUGUGCAAUUAUAAGUAUUUAAUGAAACAUGUGAUAUCCAGUGCAAGGGAUAGAUGAUCAAAAUAUUUGACAAAAGCUCCAACCACUUCAGACUGCACAGAUAACUCCUGGACGGGUCAGAGUUGUAGGAAUGUGAGGUCCUUUUUGGAACACAGUCAGGUAUGACUCGUGAUGCCUGGCCAUCAUCAAAGCCAAGAUAUCGGAUGAUGCUACAAACGGAAGAUAAUGAACAUAACUGAAAACAUUAAAGUAGUUUCAUAAUAGGAUUAUAUUUAAGCCAUUGCAGCAUCUUAAUCAACAAUAGGUUAUCUUCAGUGCUGUGCCAUAUAUGUAAAAAAGAUGCGUUGUUACAUUACAUAUUUAUUUGAUCACACGAUUUAAUAUUUAAAUGUGCAAGUAACUCUAUUGUACAAUUAGCCAUUUAGCCAGACAGCUAAAAGCAAAUGUUUUAAUGCUUAACCAACAAAUAUGUGUGUUUAAUUGUUAACACAUUAUUACUGUAGUGUCUGGCUAACUGGGUCAUUUUGAAUAUCAAAAUAGUUAAGCCACUGUUAAAAUCUGUCAUGUUGAUACUUGAAGGAUAUCACCGUCGUCCAGAAAAUAAGCCCCAUCUGUUGAUCUGGGAGCAUAUAACGAUAGUUAUGGAGCUAUAUCAAUGCAAGGAAUUAACUGUAAUAAAACCGUAUGAGGCGUGUUCAUUUUGUAGACACAUGUCAGAUCAUUUCUUCAGGAUGUCGUCCACACACUGAUCAGUUUAAGUGAGUUGAAAUUUGACUAUAUUUAAUUGGUUGAUAAGUGUAGAAAAAGUAAAAUCCUGUUUGUAAGCAUUAGUAGUAAAAUUAAGCCUGCUUUAUUUACAUUUUUAUGAAAAGUAACUUUUUUAUAGUUUUGAUUUCAUAUAAUAGAUCUAGAAACACUAGAUAUUGCAGUCACCAAAGUGAACACUUUUUUUCUAGCCACUGAAUAACGAACCUGGAUAGCUGAAAAAUAUACAUGUAAAUUAGUGUGUCUAUAAAAUGUGCUCUCCGACCCCCUCCACCAACAGGUCCAGAGUUUUAUUUAGGUUCUCUGUUUACUUUAGUAGCACAGGGGAGUAUCAUUUCACCAUUGUUACAGAUUUCUCUGACCCUUUCCCAGCUACGCUCAAAAAUAGCCUUAUCUGGAAUAAAUCCUCAUCCUUGUGUGAUCUACUGCAGUAUGUGUGGAUAAUUUUAAAGUUCUGAACUAUGUUUGGUUUUUUUCUAUUUGUCUAAAUCUUGUUGACAAUAUUUUAUUUCAGAGAGACACUAAAACCCUGUGUCUGGAUUUGAGUCUGCAUUGUAUUGUGAAGCUGAUAAUAUUGUAUGGCUUUUUGCGUAUGUCCUGCAAAUAAAUUUAUAUUGAAAGAUGGUUGAAAUGUAA